GCCACUUAUUUGAUUGAUGCAUUUUAUUUUGUACACUAAAUUAAAGAACCACUGUGUUAACAUUGAUAAGUUUUGUUCCGGUGCCGUUUUAUUGUUUAAGCUGUCCGUCAAAUAAUGAUAAAUUUUAUGUGAAUCGUCACUUCUGCGCACCUUGCAGGAAAUGCAAAGAAACGAGCGGAUUACCAUUUUAUUACUGCCAUACUUAUGCCGGCCUUGUGCGGAAAGUUCUUCGGUUGCCGCUACGAACUGUUGAGUGCACUAGCGAAACACGCUAGACGUCACCAAGACAGAAGUGCACACACACACUUGAUAUUUUUCGUGAAAGCGAAUGUGUUUAUGUGUAAACGCUAAUAUUAAUAUUGUGCUUAAUUUCACUAUUAUGCACCUUGUCGCGUUAAAAGACACAAUGCAUCGCGCUAAAUUUGGCAGUACUGCUGGCAAAUCUGUGCAGGUGUUUACAACAGGUUUCCGAUCAUGUUGAAGCGUCAUACGAAGUACUUGUCUGAUGCAGUUUUUGUUGUGAUCAUUAUCUGAAGCUAUGAAUAUUUUGUUGCAUCAUUUUGACUUAUCCGGAAACCUGGCUUAAGUAUGGAUAAUCCGGCAUUUAUGCGCGAAGAUGACCAGGUCGUUGCUGCGCCACACGACAGGAAGCGAUCAAAGAAAUGGAAAGAAAAAGUCCAGCGAAUUCCAGACUUGAGCUUAAAAGGAUGUCAGAAUCUACGUGUGCAGUUUGUCAUAGUGUACGCCGGCGUUUUGCUUUUCUACGGAAUGUCCGUGAGUUAUACGAACUCGUCCCUGGUAUCCAUUGAACGGCGUUUUGAUCUCAACACUAAACAAAUGGGUGGCAUUUUGGCGGCAACGGAACUCGGCCAUAUCGCUAUGGCGAUUUUCACGGCCCACUUUUUCGGCAAUCGCCACCGUCCGCGCUGGAUCUGUUUCGGCACAAUACUCAUGGGAUUCGCGCUCAUACUGUUCGCUCUCCCGGAGUGGUUUUUUCCCAGACAUCCGCUACCACCGCGAAACGAUUGGUGUGAAAAGAUUGACGAAAACGGUAUCACCAAAGAAAACACGAAUAGCAGCAAUAUAAAAUUUUCUAACGGGACGGAGACAUCGGCAUGCAGUGGUCACUCGUAUGGAAGUUCGGCCGGCGCGAUCGCGGUUCUGUGUGUGGCUCAUAUUCUACUCGGGUUUGGCAGUACAACACCAUUAGUUUUAGGAUUACCCUAUUUGGAUGACAAUAUGGCAGCUAAAAACACGCCAUUAUAUUAUGGCUAUGCCUUGUUCGGACGGCUUCUAGGACCGUUGAUAGGUUUCGGUCUCGGAUCGGUUUGCCUAACUGUAUACUAUGAUUUUUCUCAGAAACCAAGAUUCCCUCCGAAUGAUCCUAGAUGGAUUUCGGCUUGGUAUAUCGGUUUUUUUGUGAUCGGUAUUGGACUUAUCGUUUUCGGGGCACUUAUGGGGCUAUUUCCUGCUGAAAUUCCCCCAUCUGGACGCAGAAAAAGUCAACAAAAAAUAUCGGACAACGCUGAGCUUUCAGAUAUGUCUAAAUCCACAACGCAUUCCAGCGCCGAUCUGGUUGCGGGGGCAGCUGUGACAGAGACGAAAAGCGUCCGACCGCCGGCGCACCAACUGACAUCUUUGCAUUCGUGGAAAGUUCUGCUGGUUGAUUUAAAGCGUCUGUUUACUAAUGUGGCCUUCGUCUGUCGCACAAGCAGUAUGUUCGUGGACGGAAUGACCAUUGCAGGCAUUUUCAACUACUUCCCGAAGUAUUACGCCCAACAAUUCCAAAUCUCCCAAGCGAGAGCUGCCAUUUUUGGAGGAUUAGUUCUCGUUAUCGCUGUCAUUUCCGGAAUUAUACUGGGAAGUAUCAUCAUCAAAAAGUUUACGCUGCGUCCGCGCACCGUAGCGUUGUCCUUGGUCGUACCUUCCAUGAUUUUGUGCAUUGGGCUAUUUAUUUCUAUCGGCAUCGGCUGUGGAAUCGGAGAGAUGUAUGGUCUCCCUUCAAUCGAAGAAUUCCGCAACGGACAUGGAGAUUUUGAUGUGAAUGCUUGUGCAGCUAGCCGGGACUGCGGCUGCAGCAAGAUGGAUUUCAAUGUCCUUUGCGAACCGCAAACAGCAACAAUGUUCUUCUCGCCAUGUUUCGCUGGAUGCAUGGGGCCGCCUAACAAUAAGACAAAAUCCUAUGCGAACUGUGGUUGUGCCAAAAUCGAUUAUAUUGCCUUGUCCAAAGCUUCGCAGAACUUACCACCAAUCAGUCCAUCUGCAAGUACGAAAAUCCCCGAUGUCAUGCCAGGGAUGUGUAUGAAAAACUGCAAUGCUCAGCUGAUUGGUCUCACCGUGCUCCUGUUCAUAGCCGUGUUCUUCGAAGGAAUGCCCAUGCCUGGGCAGAUUAUGAUACAGUUCCGAGUUGUGGAUGUGGACUUGAAAAAUCUCUGCGCCGGCGUGACAUCGUUAUUAGUAGCAGCAUUCGGACUGCUUCCCGCUCCGAUCUUUGUGGGUGCAAUAGUAGAUUCCACCUGUCGGCUUUGGAAGACAACUGAAUGCGGAGGCCAAGGAGCAUGCGUAUUUUACGACACAGAUCAGUUUCGAUGGAAGUUCUUUUUGACUGGUGGAUUUCUAAAAUUAAUUACAGUUAUCCUUGACAGCAUAGUGGCGUGGAAGGUAUGGGAUCUAGAAUUUGAACGUUCUGACACUGAGAUUGCCAAAGUAACGGAAAGGAUUACUCAAGAUGUUCAUCGACGCUCCUUAGAGAAGGAAGAUUUAAAAUAAGCACUUCUUGGUUAAACUUGUAAAAUAUGACAUAGGUACGCAUCAUGCAUUCUGCGAUUUCUUACCUAAAGAGAUGAUAUUAUCUUAAUUUUAUAUGGGGAUAGCUAGUUGUAAAAUUAGACUAGAGAGUGUAUUUUAUAAAUGUAAUAUAAAUCAUCGCGCGAUUUGCAGAAGUCUGCAUUGCUUUAAAUGCAGCUCAUAAAUAAUUUUGAUUCCAAAAUCGUUUUUCAUUACUGUUGACUGAGCUACUGUCUGAAAUAAACUUAACGA